UAAACGUCACACCGUCAACAAAAGUUGUGAUUAUCGUAGGACUCAUUCUCAUUUAUUUGUUGGAAUGGUAAAGAAAUAUCGAAAUGUAAAAAGAACUUACACUCCGACUGCUUGGUACUGUAGUAGUGUAGUAUCCUUAAGAAAAUAAACGUGCAUUUAUGAAAUAACUACGCUAUAAAAUCAAGUUACAAGUUUGAGCUAUACACGUGAAAAAGUGAUUACGACUACCGGCUUGUUUACAAUGAUUUCUCAAAUAGUUGUAAUAGUAACAACUGUUAAAUUACUUUUUAUUCCAUUAUAUCACUCCACAGACUUUGAAGUCCAUCGAAACUGGCUGGCAAUCACACAUAACUUGACAUUAGACAAAUGGUAUUAUGACAACACAUCAGAAUGGACCCUGGAUUAUCCACCAUUCUUUGCAUGGCUGGAGUUUGUGAUGUCUUUUAUUGCUAAAUAUUUUGACCCGCAAAUGCUGUACUUAACUAAUUUAAACUACAAAUCUGAUAUGACAAUACUAUUUCAAAGGUUGUCAGUUAUUGUUCUGGAUUUUGUAUAUGUCUACAGUGUGAAGAGGUUGUCCAGUUUCAUUGGUGAUGGAAAGCUUCUGGUAUUCAUAUUGCUGAUGUCCUGUCCAGGUCUAUUGAUGAUAGACCACAUACACUUCCAAUACAAUGGAUUCUUGUUUGGAAUCCUUUUAUACUCCAUAUCACAUAUCAUAGAAAAUAAUUGUCUGAUAGCAGCAUUUUGGUUUGCAGUGCUGUUGAAUUUGAAGCACAUAUUUUUAUAUGUAGCCCCGGUGUACAUUGUAUACUUAUUCAGGGCAUAUUGCUUUACAAUAUCUUCAGUUGAUGGUGUUCAUACUCCUUGGUACUCAUUCUCUUUGACAAAUCUGUUCAAACUGGCAUUCACAGUGAUUUUUGUCUUUGGACUUUCAUUUGGACCUUUUAUUUAUCAUAUUCCACAGAUUCUAUCAAGAUUAUUUCCCUUCAAAAGAGGAUUAUGUCAUGCCUACUGGGCGCCGAACUUUUGGGCGAUAUACAACUUUGUUGAUAAGGUGUUACAAACUAUUGGUACAAAAUUGGGAUUACUGCGGAUCCCGAGAGCUGAGGCGUCCAUGACAGGAGGUCUGGUGCAGCAAUACGACCAUGCGGUGUUGCCAUCAAUAACUCCCACCAUGACUAUAGUUCUAACUGUCGUGACGAUGAUACCAGCGCUCAUUAAACUGUGGCAUUUGUGCGCUGACAGGAGAUACAGGGUGUUGAGUUUUGUAAGGUGUAUGGUGGUCUGUGCGGCUUGCUCCUUUUUGUUCGGCUGGCACGUUCAUGAAAAGGCCAUACUUAUGAUAUUGGUGCCGUUGACUUUCCUUUCAGUGCUGGGCGACGUCGACGGCAAACAGUUUUUAAUUCUAACAACAGUCGGGAACUAUUCCUUAUUCCCACUGCUAUAUCCAAAGAAUUUAUUUUCUAUUAAGUUUUUCAUAUUGUUGACACAUGUAGCUUUAGCUUUUGUUAAUGUAAGAACUUUAUAUGAGCCUGCGAAAGUUAAAGGCGGUAGGAGGAUAAGAGUGCUUCGCUUGCCAAUGUUGAGGCAAAUAGAGUCUUUAUAUUUAUAUGGUUUAAUAGUACUUUGUGUCUAUGAUAAUGCUAUUCAUGCGCUCUGGGGCUUAGACAAAACGUUGCCGUUUUUGCCCCUGAUGCUUACAUCCGUAUAUUGUUCGAUAGGAGUGAUAUACGUAUGGCUUUGUUAUUAUUAUUAUUUCUUAACGUUCAAUGUUAGUCAAGUCCCCACGCUAUGCUCGGUUAACUUAGCAGAAAAAUAUAAGAAGACGAGUUAAAUUAUCUAAAUUUAUGAUAAGUGUUGCUAGAUUUGUUACUACCGUAGUUUGUGGACAUGUUUAAAUUAUUGAAAUGUGAAACUUGCGAUUAAUGUAAAAACUAUUUAGAAGACCAUUAGAUGUACAUAAUAGAUGAUUUGGAAUUGCCAGAAGUCAUUGCCACAAGUCAAGAAGAAGUUAGUAUAAGGUAUUUUAUUUGUAAUGAUGAACUUAAUCUCCAAUACGACUCAAAGCUACACUAGCGCCAAUUGAUGAACAAAAAAACUAAAACGCAAUCGUAAAAGUCGUGUGCAAAACUAAUAUUAUAUUCAUUUUAAACAUGUCCAUGCUCUGCUUGUUUGCUGUGUAUUGCUUUUAUCAUUCCAAAAACAGUUGACGAAAAAACACAGUCAACGGAAAAACAAAUGAGAAUGUACUAAGUCUGUUGUCUGGCGUAUUGUAAUAGAUAGUAAUGAGAUGUUUAAUGGUGCGUCCAUAUCUGAUGAAUGUGCUGGUCCCAAACCGCUUGCAAAAAGCUUGGGCAAAGUGUGUGUCACCACAUAUCACCUGGGCGCGAGAAGUAAUGGGAUGAUUAACCACCCUUAAAAAAAGUGUAUGUAUAACGUGGUCAAUUCAGUCAACGUGGGCAAUUUAUGAGCUGCUUGUGAAUGGCUUUUUUUUAUGGCAUGAGCCGGUAAACGAGCAGACUGAUCACCUGAUGGUAAGCAAUCGGUGUCGCCCAUGGACACCUGGAACACCAAAGGCGUUACAAGUGCGUUACCGGCCUUUUGGGGAUUAGGAGUUUGAGGAUCGUUAAGGAUUCAGGAAAAAGUGGCUGUUGAGAGCCAAAAUCAUUUAUUUAAAGGUACUUUUGAAUGCCAAUAAAAAUAAAUAUUGAAAGAUAAAGUCAUAAAGUGUUAGUCUGCUUGAGAUGCUCGCCAACUGCACUAGGUGCAUUCGACGGAUGUAGACGUACCAUAAUAAUGAUUAUAUUUAUGUACCGUACUUGUAAGUAAAGUCUACUAGUCGUUUUAUGUCUGAAGAUACGUUGCAUGGUGCUGGUAGGGACUGAGUAAUAUAAGUACAUACCCUGGACCCUCCAGCUUUACAUAUCCAUUCCAUCAGUUUAGGAUAGAGAUAGGUAGGUAGCUGAGCAGGGCUUGCCAGACAAAAGGUAAAGGUAGCCUGCCUGCAUGCCUAGGUCAUCGGAAAAUCAAGACAUAAUAAGUGAUCAUUAUGGCGUAUCAAAAUUGCCUGUAGAUUCUCGACUUUAUUACGAAACAUUAUAAUUGAAAUUCUAUUACAGAAAGUCUAGAUGAAAUAGCUGUAAGUCUAAUUCGACUUUCAGAACGCCAAAGUAGUCCAACCUUGGAAACCUCGACAAAUGUCAGUCCAAAUCCGGUGAUCGAUUUUCAACCUUAUUUUUUUCUCAUAAACUUGAAAAUGCUUCACUGACGUUUGUCGAAAUGCUGGGGUUAUUGAAUUAUUAUUUACAUUUCUUGUAAGCUUAUUCGUAGUGAGAACUGAUGAUUUUGUAUAGAUUUAGAAUUAAGUCAAAGUUUGCUUGUAAAUGAAAUGUGACGCAUGUAAAUAUUGCUGUUCUAUGGACAACAGAGGGAUAAUAAACGUUUUGUAAAUCAAUAACAUGUGUGGUUUUAUACUUUGUGAAAAGUCUUGGCUCGAAGCUAGUCAGGUAACUAAAAUAGAACUAAUAGGGAUAGUAGCAGUAAGUCUAGUAAAUAGUACCUAGUUACCUACUGAUUUAGAAAAUAUAGGUAUUUUAAAAAAUCACUUA